UCGUCAGACUCCGCCUCCCUCCAGUACACAGACCGGUGUUGAGUUCAAGUGACGUCACGGUUGUCAUAUGACCAGCGGCAACAUCGGUAGUCUGCAGCCGCAGGGGUCUGGGAUUCGGUGGAGACUGUACGUGUAGACACUUCUUUAUUCCUUUAACCUCCCUGUUUACCCGGCGGCACCAUGCUGGCCCUUAUCAACAAGCUGCUCGAUUGGUUUAAGUCUCUGUUUUGGAAAGAGGAAAUGGAGCUUACGCUUGUCGGGUUGCAGUACUCUGGGAAGACAACUUUCGUCAACGUUAUAGCGUCCGGUCAAUUCACAGAAGACAUGAUUCCAACAGUUGGUUUCAAUAUGAGGAAAGUAACAAAAGGAAAUGUUACCAUAAAAGUUUGGGACAUAGGUGGUCAACCAAGAUUUCGUAGUAUGUGGGAACGCUAUUGUAGAGGAGUAAAUGCAGUUGUGUACAUGGUAGAUGCAGCAGACUUGGACAAAGUGGAAGCAUCUAAAUAUGAAUUGCACAAUUUGCUAGACAAGCCCCAGUUGCAUGGAAUCCCAGUAUUAGUACUUGGAAACAAGAGAGACCUACCAAAUGCAUUGGAUGAAAAACAGCUUAUCGAAAAACUAAACCUUUCUGCCAUCCAGGACCGGGAAAUCUGUUGCUAUUCCAUUUCCUGUAAAGAAAAAGAUAAUAUUGACAUUACAUUGCAGUGGCUUAUUCAGCAUUCCAAAUCCAGGCACUACUGAAGAGGCACUUUGGGAUCUUCUUUCCCGGUCUAAGUUGAUUUAUGCCUAUUGUAUACUGGCAGAAAUGGGAAUGAAGCAAAUCACUACCAGGAUUCACUGUUCACUUGAUGCGGUUCAUGCAAGCUUCAACUGCCGAUUUUGUCCUUUUCAUUAAGAGUCAGAAAUGUGGUUUGUUGACUAUGCUCUGCAUUGCAGGCCCUUUCAGCACUUCUGGAACUUUAUGACAUGGAAAUAAUAUUGAAAUACCUAUUCAGCUGUAUUUAAUGCAUGUGCAAAAUCAGUCCUAUACAAAUGACCUUAUGUUUAUGUGGAUCAAUGCCUUUUGGACAACUUAUGAGUUUAAGCAAGGGGUUUUGUUUCCUUCAAAUUAAAAAAAAAAAUGCCUUAAAUGUGAACUCUGUACCGAUUUUCCUUUUUUUGUAUAUAAUAUGAAGAAUUGUUACCAUCUAAGCAGAGCAUGAUUCCCGCUUACCAGGCUCAUAUUCUUUAUUUUGUAUGGUAAUGAUUUGUUGCAAUAUAUAUAUAGGUAUGAUAAAUGGGUUGUGUUAAUACCAGAUUAAGGCUAUUUGUAUUUGCCUUGAAUUCUUUUAGUUUGCUGUAUAUUAGAAAAAAAUAUUCAUCAGGGUUGCCUUAAAUGUAUUACUUGUAUACUGUUGUUUGUCUACCAAAGUUAUCAUAACAUUUAUACUUGCAGUAUAUUACGAACAAUCAAAAGUUGAGUUCUGCAUUUUUACAUGUUUUAAAGUGACAGUUAAAAAUAAUAUAUUGCAUGUAAAAUCUCAUGCUUAAAUUAUAUAUAAUCGCUUGUUUACCAUAUGCAAAUCUCAUCAUUUUGAGACCGUGCUAAUCUGUUAAGAUCACUAGCAUUACUGAUUUUAUCCUAUUAUAUAUUUACUGGCAUCAACUCCUAUUAGGGACUGUUGGUACAUGUUUCUAAUGCUUAUGAAUGUAAUUUUACUCAUUUUUAUUUCCAUACAACACAUUUAACACCAGUUGAUGAAUAUCUUGCAAGAGAAAGAUUGCGUGUGGGAAAAGUUUGUAUUUUCUUCUUUGACCUUUUUUCUUCUCUUUUCCUUUUCUUAAAGGGGCACACAUGUAAAUAUAAUGAUGACCUUAUUGUGCAGUAUUCACACAACUGAACAGGGUUUUGGGGCACUCACCUUUUCUGAAGCUGUUUUUAUCCAGAUUUUGAACAUCCAAAAUUGCCACAAUUUCCCUUUUUGAUAGCCUGCAAUUUAGUUGUUUUUAUAUAUAUAUAUAUAUAUAUAUAUAUAUAUAUAUAUAUAUAUAUAUAUAUAUAUAUAUAUAUAUAUAUAUAUAUAUACAUAUAUAUAUAUAUACAUAUAUAUAUAUAUACAUACAUACAGCAUCUCAGUGCUGUUUGUAAAUCAUAAUCCCAAACCCCAUUAACUGUACAGUAGGGAAAUGUAAGUGCAACAAAACCCUUAUUUGUGCACAGUGAUAUCAGCAUAGUAUAUUUACUUUCCCUUUAAAAUCCAUUUCAGAACAAUAAAUGCAAAGCCCCCAAUAUGCAAGUUAACAUAGUAAGUCUAGAACCAAAUCAAUUUAAUCCCCAAUAUAUUUUACCAUUUUAUGGAUAAAGCAGAUUCUGGGUAUAGUUCCAUAAAUGUAAACCAGACAAACAAAUAUGCCCAAGAAAUAUCAGUCUUCCAUGCUGAAGGGCAGAUCUUGCUUCAGCGUAAAUAGAAUUUAUUAUUGUUGUAUUUCAAUAUUUAAUGUUUUGCAGUACUUUUGUAGUAUACGUUGUGCCUAUUAGCUAAUUGCUUUAUAGAAAUAUUUCCCCAAGGCACAAAACAAACUUUUGUACAGUUAUUACAGAAUGGCCUAAAUUCUGCAUAAUUUAUAAUAUCUAGUACAUUUUAAUGAAAGCUUUUUUUUUUUUUUUUUCUUCAAGCUGAAACAGCAGCAUAGAAAAAAACUUGUCUCGUUAAAUAUACCAUCUUUCUUUUUACCUUCUUUGUUUGUUUUUUCCUAAACUGUUUUGAUUUUAUUAAAGCAUCUGGGUAUUUUUGGUUAAAAACUUGCACUUGCCAACUGGUGGUUAUUUUUGUUACGUUUAUAUUAUGUGGGAUCCUAUGCAUAAUGUUUCCAUAUUUUACAAAACAGGUAAUUGUAUGUAGAUCCAGAGGAUAAAAGAAAAAUAAGACGCUGUAUGAAAAGACAAAACCGACAUGUUUUUAUGAACAGCACAAAACUAUUUAUUCAUAAUUAUUGUCCUGGUGGUAGUCCAUUAAUAAUAAAAACAAGUUACACAAAUAUUAUUUUUUAAUGAAAUGUAUACAAAAAUGAUGGCCUUAUUGUGGGACAGGUAAUCUGUUUGUAGCAUAUUCCACUUCACGUUGUCAGCUUUCCAAAUGUAAGAUUUUGUUUUUCUAUGCAUAAGUGUAUGUAAAACAUUGCAAUAAAAAGGAAGAGAGAGAAAACCAAA